GUGACAGAGAUGACGCAGCUGUUCAAAACAUCGUCAUAGCACGUGUUCACUUCAGAUCCGGGCUCAGAUUCGUCUUCAGUGUGAAACACCGCGCGCACUUCCCCCGGUUCCGCUGCUCCUGAAGCCGCUGAGCUUCACUGGAGCUUCCGAGCCUCCGAGCCUUUGAGCCUGAGUUCAUAUCCAAGUAACACAGAGUCCAACACGUUUAUGGAUGAAGAUGUGUGAUUGGCACGUGGCCACAGGCUGCUGGUCUGGAGGCUAAUCACAGCCUCAACACAACUUCAUGUCCAACUCCCUCCUAAAACCUGAUUCCACACACAACACAGGACUUUAUAUUUGUGUGUCAGUGUUAAAUGCAGCGUGUUGUCCUGGACGUUGUCUGUAGCCUGAUUACAAAUGACCCAAACGAUCACACUCUGAUAUGUUUGGUCAUUUUCGUCCGUGCGUAAAACCUGCGUCAUCCUGCGGGUCACUGGUGCCUUUUGACGUCUCCCUGGUUAAUAUGUAUUAUUUAAAUGCAAAGUCACAUGAAGGAACGGAGAGCACCGACUCGUCCAGAGGGUUCGGAGCUGGUGGCGGCAGAGCUGCAGCUCCUCAGUCCGAUGCGUAAAAGGCACCGAGCAGCGGCGACUGGCUGUUUGACAGAGAGAACAGCGAAACAGCGGGUGAGGUGGUGGAGGAGUGGGAGGGUGUGAGAGCCCUCCCCCCCGACUAAUGUCUGCAUGGAUCCACUCCUUCAUAACCCAACUCCUCUCCAGCUCCGCGCACACUGACCCAAGUGUCCAACCCACAGUGUGGAUCAGCUGAAGCGGCCACCGGCUGGAAAGAUGGGAGCCGAUUAGAUCCUCAACUCUUCAGCUUCUGCUUAGUUUCAUUCAGAUUCAGCGGAAUCAGUCCAACAACCUCUGGAGCAACAGCUGCGGGCUCCUACAUGUGAAUGUCCGCCGUUGGCCCUGCGCACUCCACGGCCGCGCUGGUGAUGCCAUGCCGAGAAGCCACACCGGCGAAGAGAGUGGAGGAGCUGGCGGCACCGGGCUCUGGCUGAAGAGCUCCACGGGACGCCGGGCGCAGGACUACGCACUGAAGGAUGUGGAGUGCGGGCACAGGACGAUGAACAGCACGGCGCGGGCGGGCGACGGGCUCCUGUCUCCCGGGUCUGCAGGUGCCGGGGCCGCGGAGAGGAAGCAGGGCGCGCGGCUCAGCCUGCUCGGGAAGCCGCUGACCUACAGCGCGCAGAGCGGCCGCAGGAACGCGCGCUACCGGCGGCUCCAGAACCUCCUGUACAACGUGCUGGAGCGACCCAGGGAGUGGGCCUUCGUCUACCACGCGUUUGUGUUUAUCCUGGUGUUUGGAUGUCUGGUUCUCUCUGUGUUUUCCACCAUCCCUGCUCACCAGGAAUUCUCCUCACACUGUCUUCUCAUCCUGGAGUUUGUGAUGAUUGUAGUGUUUGGUCUGGAGUACAUCAUCAGGAUAUGGAGUUCUGGCUGCUGCUGCCGCUACCGAGGCUGGCAGGGACGCCUCCGGUUCGCCAGGAAGCCCUUCUGUGUCAUAGACAUCAUCGUGCUCAUCGCCUCCGUGGCCGUGGUGUCGGCCGGCAGCCAGGGGAACAUCUUCGCCACCUCGGCGCUGCGCAGCCUCCGCUUCCUCCAGAUCCUGCGCAUGGUGCGGAUGGACCGCCGGGGGGGCACCUGGAAGCUCCUGGGAUCUGUGGUGUACGCCCACAGCAAGGAACUGGUCACUGCCUGGUACAUCGGCUUCCUGGUGCUCAUCUUCUCCUCCUUCCUGGUUUAUCUGGUGGAGAAAGAAUUCAACAAGGAGUUUGCCACCUACGCUGACGCUCUGUGGUGGGGCACGAUCACCCUCACGACCAUCGGCUACGGGGACAAGACCCCCCAGACGUGGACGGGACGGUUGCUAUCGGCCGGGUUUGCUCUGCUGGGAAUCUCCUUCUUCGCUCUGCCAGCUGGCAUCCUCGGGUCAGGUUUUGCUCUGAAGGUUCAGGAGCAGCAUCGACAGAAGCACUUUGAAAAGAGGAGGAACCCAGCAGCCAGCCUUAUCCAGUGUGUCUGGCGUAGUUAUGCUGCUGAUGAGAACUCGGUUUCCAUCGCUACGUGGAAGCCUCAUUUGAAGGCGUUGCAUACCUGCAGCCCCGCCAAGAAGGAGCAGGGCGAGACCACCUACAGUAGGGGUCUAAGUAAUGGGCGGCUCUUCAGAAGGUACACUCGGAAAUAUAGGAGUCAGAAGCUGAGUUUCAAGGAGCGGGUCCGCAUGGCGAGUCCUCGUGGUCAGAGCAUGAAGAGCAGACAGGCGUCCAUCAACGACCGCCGCUCCCCAGGCAAUGAGGGGGUGGGCGUGGGAGGCGCCGAGCUGAUGGGGGGGAGUCCGGCUAAAGUGCAGAAGAGCUGGAGCUUCAACGACCGGACGCGCUUCCGUCCGUCGCUGAGGCUGAAGAGCCAGAGUCGCACGGCGGUGCCAGACGUGGACGCAGGCGUGACCACGGAGGACUCCUUCGACGAGAGGCGCUGCCACUGCGACGUGACCGUGGAGGAUCUGUCGGCGCCGCUGAAGGCCGUCAUCAGAGCCGUCAGGAUCAUGAAGUUUCACGUUGCAAAGAAGAAGUUCAAGGAGACGUUGCGUCCCUACGACGUGAAGGACGUCAUCGAGCAGUACUCUGCAGGACACUUGGACAUGCUGUGUCGCAUCAAGAGCCUUCAGACCAGACUUGACAAAGUAGUGGGCCCCCCCGCGAGGCCGUUCAGCAGCCGCCUCAAGACCUUUUCUGCUCCUUCGCUGCAUUUAUAUUACAGCCAGGCGCGGAGGAAGCAGUCUGCGCCGGGGUUAGACCUCAGCGCCGCCACCUGCCUGCCGACUACUAACCCAACAGCACCACACCAACCGUUAACGACUAUCUCAAAGAACGCGUCGGCUCCCCUCCUGCAUUAUUAUUACAACAACAGGAAGAAGCUCCCCCCCUCAGGGGUGGAUCAGAUCCUGGGAAAAGGCCAGAUUCCUGUGGAUAAGAAGAUGAAGGAGAAGCUGAACCAGGACGGGGACACUCUGGAGGGCGUGAGCAUGCUGGGACGGGUGUGCAAGGUGGAGAGACAGGUGACUUCCAUCGAAUCGAAGUUGGACUCUUUGCUGGACGUCUACCGCCAAGUGCUGCACACCGGCUCCUCGGCCCUCACCCUCUCCUCCCUGCCGCUGUUCGAGCUGAACCGGCACCACAACAUGGACUACCAGACCUCCAUCAUCGGCAGGGACCUCCCCUCCCCCCAGGGAGUCGACCCCGUCCGAGGCGGAGGAGAUAACAACGGGGGUGUUCGCUGUUCCCUGAGCGGUAACCCCCGGGGCCUGCGGCUCAUCCUGGCCCCCGUUGACGAUGACAUCCCCCCGGACUCAGCACCUCCAUCGUACCCCCCGUCCACAGCCUCACUCUCUCCCUCACCGCUGCUGCCCCCUGAUAGCCCCUACCCCACCUUGGUCACAACCAAUGGCAGCUCCAGAAGAGCACACUUCGCCGACCUGCCCCCACCGGCCCCCUCAUCUAGAGGCUUCACCCUCCAGCUGCCCCCCCUGGCGCAGCCCUCUCACCUCCGAUGUGUCUCAGUCCCAGAUGAUCUGUCAGACGGAGUGACGGCAGACCAGGAGAGCCUGGGCCCGUCUGUGGUGGUGGGCUCCGACGUGGACGCUGACCAGGAGGAGGACGGUGAGGCCGGCUCUGCCCGGGGACGGGGGCAGGUGAGGGAGAAGCCUGGCUCGAGAUGUGAGGGGGUGUGGAGGAGGCACCUGAGCCUGGAGGCGAACCCCCUGCUGCUGCUCUCGUCCAGUCCAGACGGGACACCUUCAGACUGGGAAGGCAGUCUGGGGAAAUCCCUCUCCGCGCACAACCUCAGCCAGCCCCUGAGCAGCCGGGCCUCUGGCCCCCCCCCCGCUCUCCACCACAGCAGCAGCAGCACCGGUAGCGAACAGGGCGACGCCCGCCACGAUGACCUCAGCACCUGGGACGGAACAGAACUCUUCAUUAGUGAGCGCAAGCUGGAGCCUGCAGGAGAACAUUUCAACUUCCUGUCCCAGGGACCUGACGGCGGCCCCCCCGACCUGUUACAGACUGUGGACGCUGCUGCACCUCACCCUAAGGGAAAUUCAGUCAAUCUCAGUCAGUCUCCACACAUACAGCUGGCAUAACCACACACACACACACACACACACACACACACACACACACACACACACACUUGCGUCCUGUAUGUACAAGCCUUUUUUUAAUCAUCGGAUUAAAUGCUUUGUGAUGGGACAUUGUUUUUAUAUUUUGUCCAACAUGAUCAUGUCCACUCCCAUACAGAUUCUAUAAGGUUAUUUACCUUAUUAUAUAUAUUUCUAACAGUAAUAUUAACAAAAAGGAAACAAUAAUAGUCUAAUAAAAGUAUGUGUAGAAUAUGAAUGCAAGUGGACAAAUUAAUAUAGGACAAAAUACACAAACGGCUCACACAAGCAAAUGAGUUUUCCUUUAAAAAAAAAAUUGUUCUUUACCUAAAUAUUUGUAAAAUCAACUUCAUACAAAAAGGAUAAAAUAAUAUUUGUCUCUUGAUACAAAUAGAUGUUGUUUAAGUUUAAUCUGACAUUAAAGAAAUUGAUAUUUUACAGUGUAGAUGCAGAUAAUAAAUACACUUACAGCUCAUUCCUUACAUAAGCAGGAGUCUUAACUUUUCAUUGUAGAAAUGAGAGGAUGAGUCACUGUAAACAGAGGGAGUCACUGCCUGGAGACGAGCGGCGUCAUUUGAAGACUCUGACGUCCAUCAUGACAUUUCAGCCCUGAGAUCAGAACUUCCUCAGAUGAAAGACACCACCUUGGUAAUGAAAGAUGUAACGUGUACAAUGACUUCUGUUUUGAUCCGUGUCCAAUCCACUAACAUGGAGAAGACCGAGUGACAGAGUGUGUGUCAUGAUCUGAUUUCAUGAUUAUUUACAGUCAGUAAAUAAGGGAUGGUAUUUUAAUAUGAAAAAUCAUGUCAACCACUUCUCUCUUGAAAACAGUACACACAGGUACAUGCACACACACACACACACACUGACACACACAACCACUGAGUCCUCUCAGAAGAACCAACCUGACAAUGACUGACCAGUGACUUCUUUUUUUCAUACAAGUGCUUCUACUCUGAGACUUUCUUGGAAGAAAAGGAAAGUCGCUCCUCGUUCAAUGUCCUCUUUUCCUUAAGCUUUCCUACAUAUCACUGCAUGGACUGUUUCCAGGCCUGUGUUCAGACCACAAGCAUCUCAUUCUGCUCAUCCUCUGCAGACACACACACAUGAAUCCUCCGUGUGUGUCCUCGGUGAAUCUGGAUGCUGCAAUCCAAUUGGCCGGGAGUAAAUGGCCGCUCAGCAGUGUCUCUUUGUGCUGGUUCUGGUCCCGCUCGGUUUGGACUGUAGCCUGGUCUGUGAGUUCAUGGUCUGAAUGCUGGAGGCUGUCGGGUUAUCUCAGCCCAGCACGAGAUGCUGUAUGUCUAAGCUGCUGCAUCAAGAGCAGCCCCCCCGCUCGCUGGUGUCGCCUGGACGCCCUCGUGCACGUUCACGUUUCCUCCAAACCUUUAACAGGAAGGUACGAACAAAGUUUGCCUCAGUGAACAUUAUAAUAUUCUAAUUUGAACUAAUUUGAUAGUAGUUAAAAACCCGUACUGUCAGUUUUAUGGAUAACCCACUGACUAUGAAAUGUUGUGAUGCACAAGGUUGUUUAAUUAUUAGAUUUCUUUGACAAACCCCGUGUUUUUACUGGGUGCUGGUUGCACCAUGUGCAUUAAUAGUGAUUAGAGGCUGCUAAGCUGACCUCACCCCCCCCCCCCAGUCCAAAUAUAAUGUGGUUUUACAAUCAUAGACUGUUUAUUAAGAUGGACGACGCGUCUCCACUACCUGAAGUAGUGAUCAAGGGACAGAGCCGUGGGAGGGAGGUCCUCUCAAUACAGGUUCUCCACCAAUCACAAGUCAGUCCCAGCUGUCAAUCAUGACAUUUCACCCUGUUUCCUUAGAGCAUCAAAUAACCAAUUAAAACCGAACCUAUUAGAAAAAUGAAGGUUUGAACUAACAUUGUGAAGAACUACUCUACAGCUCCUCUUCAGACUCUCCUCUCAAAAGUUUCUUGUGUUUUGAAAUACGAGAUGAGAAAAUCAUUCCUGAAGUCUCAAGUGUGACAGAAUGACAAACCAACUUUUGCAUGAUCUUUACUGCAGCCAACCAGCAGAGGGCGGUCAAGACCCUUCGACUUUUUGGGAAGAUGUCACGUCGUCCAUCUUUAAAAACAGUGUGUGGUUCCAAUGCACAGAUCCCAGUUAUAACACGGCAGGUCGGCUUCACCAUGAUGAUAAUACACUGUACAGGCAGUGCUGUAGAUGUAGUGCACAUGUCCAUUAUCCACGUGUCCAUUCUGCUGCUAACAACGUCAAAAUGAUAUAUUCACAUAAAAUAGGAGUAAGAACGCACAAGAAUCUGACCUGGAACUGAGAUUAAAUUUAUCUCUGCCCCUCAAAUACGUACGUAUCAGAAAAUAAAUAAAUACAUUUUUAAAUCCUCGUCACAUCGAACGAUUACAAGGGGCAUGUUUAUGUCUUGGUGUGUUUCGUCCAAAUACAGAUGGAAAUUGAAUCAAGCUGACAUUGAACUUAAUUCUUUCUCAAAUCUCUCUCCUGCUUGCAGUUACAUUGGCUGCUCGUGAAUGAAUAUCAUGCAUAACAAUAGGGUGGCCUUUUUUUUUUUCUGUCAGCCGUUUUGAUUUGUUUUUGCUGGGUAACGUCUGAAGGGGUACACAGUCACGUUAGUCUUAAAAAUGUGUCUCGAUGUGUUAACGACGGCCUUUAUUCAUCUUUAUGUCUCAUUUACCAUCCUUCCACAUGGCAAGUCAGUGCAUUGCUUAAAAAAAUUAACAUUUUGUAGUAGAAUAACAAGUAUUAUCUUCUAACAAAUGACAUUUGUCAACCCUCGUGAAUGGAUUUUGAAACAGUCUGCAGCCCAGGCAGGAGUCUCCGGUGCGACGAGAUAAAUGAUCAUGAAAUCACAGUUAUGUGUGGUGAGUUUGAGGAGCCUGAAAAUGUGACACACGGUAGUUUUGAGCUCUAUAUUGGAAUAGAAUUGUUGUAGUUAGUGACUGAGUUUGCUUCACAUGAAAAGAGCCCAACCAAAACGAGGAAAGUUCAAAUUACAUGGAUUAUUCCUCGUAGAAAACAAGCUGAUGUUUGCAAUCUGUAAAUUGCUAAAGGGUGCCUUUCUAGCAUAUGAACACUCUGUGAUUUGUUUUCCUUCACAGGGCUUUAAAGGUCUCGUUUGCCUACAGCCUUUUGCAUCUGUAUAGCUGAAGUCAUUUUGGGAUGGACCUUCAUUUCACUUAAGUCUUGUAGCUCUAGCCGCAGACUUUAUACGGCUUUGAUGGGUAAUAAUACCAUUUCUCUACAGUAAUUUAUUACACAACUGGCCUUAAAGCUUGACAAUGUUAACAUUAUUACUUUGAAAUUAAUUUAUUAAAGUGCACAUUAUGUUCUCUGGAU